AUGAAUUUGGCGUCUACAAAAAGGAAACAAAUCAAAGCGGUGGCACCGAAACUAAAGUUGUUUCGGGCCAACGAACCGCUGUUGAGUGUUUUUAUGUGGGGCGUUAAUCAUACGGUCAAUGAGCUCAACUCUGUUAACCUGAGGGUGAUGUUGAUGCCCGAUGACUUCAAGUCCUACAGUAAAAUCCUCGUUGAUAACCACAUGUUCAACAAAGAUAACAUGCCCAGCAGGUUCAAAGUGAAAGAAUACUGCCCUGUUGUGUUUCGGAAUUUAAGAGAAAGAUUUGGCCUUGAUGACACAGACUUCAAGCAUUCAUUGACAAAACAGCAGCCAACCUCAUGCGACUAUCCAGGCCGGAGCGGUGCUCGACUGCUCAUGUCAUGGGAUAAGAAAUUGUUCAUCAAGACCCUAGUCUCAGAGGAAGUAGAAAUGAUGCAUCACCUGCUCAAACAGUACCACCAGUACAUUGUGGAGUGCCAUGCACAGACUUUACUGCCCCAGUACCUGGCCAUGUACAGGAUCACGGUCAAUGAUGCAGAGACCUAUCUGGUAGUUAUGCGCAAUGUUUUCAGCCCUCGCCUCACAAUACACAAAAAAUAUGACCUCAAGGGUUCAACUGUAGACAGAAGUGCCAGUGAGAAGGAAAGA